AUGGCACUAUUUUUGUAUAUGAUCCAACAGGAGAUACGGGCUGAUGCUCUUGAUAAGAUUAUCAUGAAUAAAACUCAUUGGGACUACCAAAACUUCAUUAUGUCAGAUGUUAUCCAACGUAUAACCGGAAACUUUGGAAUAUGGCAGCUUCGGACAGUGUUAAUUAUUUUCCUUUGUAAAAUACCCGUGUCAUGGUACAUGGCAUGCAUCAUAUUUACAGCUCCGGUGCCGCGACCUUCCGAAUAUUACUGCGCAAACGACCUUUCUGAAGAGGAUCAACCAACAGAAGUGUCCAAGCUUUCACUUUGUGCUUUUUAUAACAAAGUGGGAAACUAUUCUCACCAUGACCACUGCUUCAGAAAACAAUACAAUAACGCGACUAACAAAUACGACGAAGUGCCCUGUGCCAGCUUCCAAUUUACUCCCACUGACUUCUGGUCGCUUAUUGCGCAGUUCGACCUAGUUUGCUCUCACGAAAUUUUCGUGGCUUGGUCCCAAAUUCCCUAUCUCUCCGGAAUGCUUGUAGGUGGAAUUUUGGCCACAAAACUGAUGUUAAGAUUCAGUCCGCGAAAUGUUGUGUUUACGGGUAUGUUGUUGCUAAUAUUCUGCGGCUGUGUAUCCGGUGUAACACCUAACUUCAUCGUUCACGGCGCCUUCACAUUUUUUUCAGCGAACUGUUGUGCUCUUAUGUUGACAGCAGGACAAACAAUCUUUUUAGAAAUCACCGGUGGCAAAUACCACCUCGGCGUAGCAACACUAUUCGACCAAUUCUGGUCGAUUAGAAUUAUCCUUCUACCAGGACUAUCCAGCUUCUUCACUAGUUGGGUUCACAUCUACCUUGCAAUUACAUGUAUAGCCAUAACAUUAAUAGUGCUUAAUCCUUGGAUACCAGACGCUCCGCGAUGGCUUCUGAAACGUGACCGCGUAGAAGAAGUCGAGAAAAUUUUAAUAGAAUCAGCAGAAAUCAAUGACCGAGUGUGGAUGGUUCUACAGAAUCUUCACGAGGAACUGGAAGCGUUGGCCAAUUUAUUGAAAUCAGAGCCUCCACCUGCAAGCUGGAGUAGCCUCUGGACAGGAUCACGUGCGAAAACCAUUUUUAUUGCAGCACAUAUCGCCUGGAUCGCCUACAUAGCCAUUUUCCAUGCAAUAUUGUUGAAUAUUCGGACUUUUGGACGUGACUAUUUAAGCAUCAAUGCAGUCCUUCUAGGAAUCAGCGAAAUCAUCGGAUGUUUUUUGGCCCUGUUUUUUGCUUUGCACACGAAAAGCAAAUGGAUGAACGCUGGGAUAUGUAACAUCGUGGCUGGAUCCAUUGGAUGUCUAGGAUGGCUCAUAUCGGAUAACUGUAAGUAA